AUAGCGAAAUCUCUAAUUACUUAAUCUCUGAAUGUUGUUUAAGAUAAUAAUAAUCUAAAAGUGAUUAACUAAAGGAUUAAUUUGUGGAGAUUAAAAGAAGUUUCAAUGGCAAGAGGUCGAAAGCUGACGAUGAGCCAGAGCGAGAGGUAUCUAGGAAGCAGCUACAGUUACGGUGACAGUAACGGAAACUCCGUCACCGACGAAUCAGAGCUCACGGAGGAGGACAUCUGGUCACAUGCCGUCGAUCACAGCCCGGAGAUGCUGGAAUCUCACGGCGCGUGGAACACACGCGAUGCUGUGGUGAGGAAUGGGCGCGUGGGUGGUGGUUUGUCGCUGGCGUUUGAGGACGCGUCAUCUUCGCCGAGGAUCGUGCACCAGAUACGUGGCGGAGGAGAAGGAGGAGGCGGUGGAGGAGGAGGAGGAGGAAGAGUUGAGAGGCAGUUGGCGUCGUCGGCGCCGGUGAACGUGCCGGAUUGGAGUAAGAUAUACAGAGUCAACUCGGUUGAGUCGAUACACGAGUCGGAGGAAGAGGAGGAGGAAGAUUCCGGGAUGAUGAUGCCGCCGCAUGAGUACCUAGCGCAGAGCCAAAAGCGGCGGAGCAGAAAAUCUGGUGGCGGUGGCUCGGUGUUUGAAGGAGUUGGAAGAACUCUCAAAGGACGAGAAUUAAGGCGCGUCCGAGACGCGAUUUGGAGCCAAACAGGGUUCUACGGCUAAGUUAGUAAUAUAUAAUUUGAAGGGAA